UGUUUUCCUAGUAAAUGCUACUUUACGCGAGGCAAUGAUUACGAUUGAGGCUCGUACAUUAUAAUGAAUCAUAAAGCAUUCGAACUUCUUUACACAAGAAGCGCUUACCUGUGAGGUAAAGUCAGGGUAAAAAAAUAUUUGGGCACCUAUAUUUUAUUUAUCCCCCCAACUGUCUGCGUUCGGGAGCCCAGCGUACAUUUUUUUUGGUUUAGCUUUUUAGUUAAACAUUAGCGGAAAACGACUCUUUGACGAGUUGUGCAGCGAUGCGCUAAGAGAACGAUGGAGACCACGGGCUGUCCCACCGAGGGUGAGCCCCUGAAGGGCGGCGAGGACGGAGGUGAGACGGGACCGGGACAGGCACAGGCACCGGCACCGCCGGCGACAGAACUGAAGAGAGGCUGCAAGGAAGUCCUGGGACUUUCCAAACUGACCCACUGGCGGACGGCUGUCUUCUUCCUCUCCUUGUUCCUCUGCCUCACCGUGGUCUUCGCAUUCUCCUUCAUCAUCCCCUGUCCUGUCAGACCGCAGUAUAUUGCUUCUUGGAACAGGACAUUCUCGGGAGCGAAAACCUAUGACUUUUUAGCAUUUGAAGAUGCGAGUAAAGACAAGGUGAUGGAUGUCUUGCUUGUGGUCAAGGACACAGAAGCCAGUCCGAACAAUACAUGUGGAAAUGCGGGUCUGCCGUCGCCAUGCGUGUUCAUGCUGGCCGUGGACGGGACGGACGGAGAAACUCUGUGGGAGCGUCCGCUGGAUCCUGACUUCCACUGGGCUCAGUGUGGCCUGGACACAAACACGGGGCAGAAAUGGGACUGUCUGCUCUUCCAUUCGGACCAACUGUCAGCUCUAGACAAAUCUAACGGUGAGGUCAGGUGGCAGCGGCCUCAGCCUCCUGGCCUCCACAGCAGCGUGCCCGUGCUCAGUGUCCCGGAUCUGGAUGGGGACAAGGUCAGCGACGUGGCCUUGGUGGCCUCUGAUAGCGUGCAGACUCAGCUGGUGUUCCUCUCGGGGGGUACGGGCAUCCAGAUUGGAUCCACGGUGGCUCUAAACGCCACACAAACCGCCGGUCAUCUUCUCCAUACGACCGGGGAGGGCGCGCAGUACCUGCUGCUGCAAAAAGACACUGGCUUGUAUGGACUGGCCCUGUGGAGGAUUGCAGCCAAAGCCAAAGAAGGGCUGCAGGCGGGCCUCAAGAAGGCUAAUCAAAUGGAGAGAAAAGCCGCGGCCACAUCUGGAUUGGUACCGGUUUACGAGUCCGACUCGUUGAGGCGCGUGGUGAGAACAGACAAGGAUCAGACGUCCAACUUGAUGCUGGUUACGGGCAGCGAGGUGGUUUUAAUAGACGGGAAGACAUUACAGCCCCUGUGGACGUUCAAUACCACCACGGUCUUCAGGGAGCCCGCCUUUGGUCACUUCAACAAAGAUGGCGUACUUGAUGUUGUGCUUGAGGAGGAUAUGGACAACUCAACCAAGAGGGUGUUGAUUGUCGACGGGAAGUCCGGUGCCGUGCUGUGGAAUGUGGACCUUCUCUCCAGUGCCGACACGCCUCGACCCACCUCCGUGCACACCAUCAACUCCGUCUCCAUCUUUGUGUUCUGGGGGCUGCUUCCCCAGCAGCACAACUCCUCCGUACCGUCAGCUGGUGAACGUCGUUCUUACAUGCUGCAUCCUCUCUACUCUAACGUGCUCCUCCAGUCUGAAAACGUCAUGGACCACAUCAUUACAUUUAAAGCUACGUUGAUGGAGAGAGGACGCCACGCGGCCUUCAUCCUGCUGACAGGUCCCGGCACCGAGGACACAGAAGGCACGGUGGUCCUCAGCAAGUGGAAGCUGAAGCACGACGUGCCUCAGAGCACGGUGUGCCCCAUCGGCGACGGCAAGUCCUCCGACACGGAAAACAGCAUCAAGGAGGCCUUCAACAGGCUGCGCUUCAGCGAUAAUUGAACGAACCUUCCACCGGUCGCUCGGUUCGGACUUCCUUGCUCUUUUCUGUUCGUUCCCGCUGUGUCAAGUGUUUGAUUUCAGGCUGUGCCUUUUUUUCAAGUUUGUAAAGUAUUGAUGAUGCAGUGAGUUCUUGCAGUGUGGUUGUAGAGCAUUAUUAAUCAGAUUUACAGUAUAUUUGUGACUUAUCCAUAGGAUAUUUCUUUGGGCUGUAUAUUAGUGAAAAUGUGUUGCUUUCAGGGGAGCUGGGGUUUCUCAAUCUGUUCAAUAUUAAAAUAUUUUUUAAA